CAUUUUCUCUUCGUCUUCUUCUUCUUCUUCUUCUUCUUCUCCUUCUCGUCUCUAGAAUUUCUAGAGAGAGGGAGACAUGUGCUGGGUCAAGUCUGUUUCUUCUAUGUUGUAAGUUGUAACCACCCUGUACAACCGUAGAAACCUUUUGGCUCUCCUCACUUCUAGGCAAACCCACAUCCGCAAAACCCUCUCUGUCUCCCUCGCCAUUUGGGUCAUGACCCACACUCCAAAAUUCAAUACCCUCAAUUUGAAUUUGAAUUUUUUUUUUUUUUCCAUUAAUGUCCAAUCUAUCUGGCUUUGUAUCCCUUUGUCCAUAUUCAGAAAAGCAAGGGUUUUGACUUAUUAUUUACUGAUUUUAAUCAUUUGAAAAUAGUUUUUUAAGCUGUAACCCAGAAACCCUGGAGUGGGUCUUGGGCAAUUACAGUUUGCUCCAAGUUUUUUUCUGGGUUUUUGGUAUUCUUUUAAGCAUUUGUCAGCAUUGGCUUUUGAAUUCAAUAUUUGUUGAUCCUUCUUCCCUCUGAUUUUUUUUUCUCUUUUGGUUGGCCUUUUUUAUCAUCAAAAGAGCUGGGGUUGUUCGAAUUCGUUUCAAACUGUAUUAAUGAUCAAUUGAGAUGAAUAUCCGGAGUUCAAAAUCCUGAUUUUCAAGAAACCUGGUUGAUGGUUGAUCAAAACUAAGAAUACCCAGAUUGAGAAUUUUACAAGAAAUGCUCUGCUGAUUGUGGGAAUUGGCAGUGCCGGUGGAAUUUGGGUUUCGGAGGAAAAUGCAAUUGCACCCUUGUGCUUAACGCCAAGAGGUUUGCAAGGUGUGAUUGCUCAAAGUUUUGGCAGGUUUUUGGGUUUUUUUCAACUGAGAUUAUGGGGUGCAUUUGCUCAAAGGAAGCCUCCGUUGAUGAAUAUGUGGAUUAUAAUGAGAGAGAGAAGGAGAAAGAGAAAGAGUUGAAUAAGGAUUCAGUGCAGUUGGUUGCCCCCUCCACGGGAGAGGAGUUUGUAAUGGGGCCAGGAGGUGGUGGUGGUCAUGGUAGGACUGGUGGGUCUGUUCAUCCUAUAUCAAAGUCUGCAUUGCAGGGCAAUGUGGGGUCUGCUCCUAUUCGUGCCAUGGAGGGAGAGAAAAAAGCAAUGACUGCUGAUAGGCCAACUAAGGCUUCUCAUCAAAGAAGGUUGACAUUAGAUAUGGAAAACAACGUAGGGCCAUCACCAAUGUCUCGUAUAGUUAGCAUGCCCAAUGGUGCCAAAGGAGAACAGAUUGUCGCUGGAUGGCCAUCAUGGUUAUCUUCGGUUGCUGGAGAAGCCAUCCAAGGGUGGGUGCCUCUAAGGCCCGAGUCAUAUGAGAAGUUAGACAAAAUUGGACAAGGAACUUACAGCACUGUAUAUAGGGCCCGUGACCUUGACAGUGGUAAGAUUGUGGCAUUGAAGAAAGUGCGAUUUGGUAAUAUGGAUCCAGAAAGUGUUCGUUUUAUGGCUAGAGAAAUCCAUGUUCUGCGUAAACUUGACCACCCAAAUGUUAUGAAGCUUGAGGGCCUAAUCACUUCGAGGACAUCAGGUACCUUGUACCUUGUAUUUGAAUACAUGGAGCAUGAUCUUGCUGGGCUUUCUGCAACACCUGGUAUCAAGUUCACUGAACCACAGAUUAAGUGUUACAUGCAACAACUACUUCGUGGACUUGAGCACUGCCAUAGUCGGGGUGUUCUGCAUCGAGACAUCAAGGGUUCAAAUCUUCUAAUUGACAAUAAAGGAGUCCUCAAAAUUGGAGACUUUGGACUGGCAAGCUUUAGGUCUGAUCCAAGUCAACCAUUAACUAGUCGCGUUGUAACUCUGUGGUACAGACCUCCUGAGCUUUUGCUCGGUGCUACCAAGUAUGGAGCUUCUGUGGAUCUAUGGAGCACUGGUUGUAUCAUUGCAGAACUGUUUGCUGGGAGUCCUAUCAUGCCUGGAAGUACGGAGGUGGAGCAAAUUCAUAAAAUCUUUAAGCUUUGUGGUUCACCCUCUGAGGAAUACUGGCAGAAAUCAAAAUUGGCACAUGCAUCUAGUUUCAAACCUCAACAUCCUUACAAGCGCCGCCUAGCUGAGACAUUCAGAAAUUUCCCUUCUUCAGCUUUGGCUCUCGUUGAUGUGCUUCUUUCAGUAGAGCCAGAUGCUAGGGGAACAGCUGCUUCUGCACUCAAAAGUGAGUUCUUUACAACAAAGCCCCUCCCUUGUGAUCCAUCAAGUUUUCCAAAAUAUGUUCCAAGCAAAGAAUAUGAUGCCAAGCUCCGAAAUGAGGAAGCAAGAAGGCAAAGGGCAGAGGCUGUAAAAGGGCGUGGGGCUGAAUCUGUUAGAAGGGGUUCAAGACAAUCCAAGGAUGUGCCAACACCAGAAUUUAAGCCUCAGGCACAAGCCUCUUUGCAACAGGGACAGACAAACACAAAAUGCAUCAGUGAAAAAUACAAACCUGGAGAGAAUAGUGGGUCCAACUUUCGGAUGGAACCUCAUAGAGGAACUGUGCCAAAUGGUUUGUCUCAUUCUACUUUGAUGAUUAACCAAAAUGCAGUUGGAUCAUCACAGAAGAAGGUUGAGGAUGAGGCCCAAUUGGGUUUUGGACAUACAUUUGACUCUUCAAGAAAUAAUGCAGAAUUGAGGACCCACGGAUCUCACAUGCCUCAUGGAGCAGCAGGUGUGUCAAGCUCCUCUCAUAGGAAGGACGAAAGGAUCUCUGGCAAGGAAUCUGUAACCGGCUAUGUACCCAAGAAAAACAGGAUGCACUACUCUGGACCACUGAUGCCCCCUGGAGGGAACAUUGAAGAAAUGCUCAAAGACCAUGAGAGACAGAUCCAAGAGGCUGUCCGCAAAGCACGUAUUGACAAGACCCAACAAAAACUGUGAUUAACAUGAGCCGACCCAGAAGAAAUGUUCGAGGACAGUCAAGAACUGAAACUGGAAUUUUCUUGGAUAGGGUAUUCUCACCAGCAGAAGGAACUAGCAUCCCACCAGGGGACUCCUUUGGUCUUUUCCACAAAGUACCAGAGGGAAAGAAUGUGCUUAUACAUAUCAGGAUUCUGAGAUUUUUCAUCUGUGGUAUAACAGUGCCAACAAUCUCAUUAGAGUGGGAGAAGGUUUUUUAGUUGGUUUACCUGCAUUUCUCUUGUUGUGGAAUUCAAUUUGUAUAGCUAAAAAGGGGUUGCUCAGUCCAAGCCAUUAUAUAUACGUAUAAAUCCAUAUAAUGAAAUGUUCAGUUCUUUCGCCA